AGCUGUGAAUUGUCUUGCUGGGCUGGCGAUUUUCGUUUUUGAUACUUAAUGCGAUUACGCCCGUCUACGGGUUAGAGGUUGCAGAUUAUCAGUCUCGUGGCUAGUUUAUUGCGGUGGAGUUCACACUCAAUAUCUUCGGAGUAGUGUUUGCAUACUGGUGGGGGAUUCGGACUAAGUUUUAUUGACGAUGGUCGCUCUGAGUUCCAAUGGCGAUUUCCCAUUGCCUUCUAGGUUAUUAUGCUUACAGUCCUGUUGGGUGGGUGUUGGUUCUUCCCUGAAUCUCCUCGGUGGCUAUGCACGGCGGGUCGGCGGGAAGAGGCUCACUCUGUGCUGACUCCGUUGCGUGGGUGGGAAACGAGAUGGGGUAUUGCUGCGACGGCGACGGUGUAUCUAUACACCUUUAUUUUUAGUGCUACUUGGCCUACAGUUCCGUGGCUAUAUCCCGCGGAGAGUUUUCCUCUCAUAAUCCGCGCAAAAGGAAAUGCAUGGGGCGUAGUAGGCGGGAGUUUAGGGAACGGGCGUGUAUACCAGCUCUUUACAGCCUUUGAUAAGCCGCAUGCUACAGUAACAGCUUCAGGUCAUUGACCCUUGCUCUGCCAUGCAGUAUGUUUUUGGAGCAGUGACUAUUAU